AUGGACCAAGAAGGGAAAUCAGUCCUCUAUGACGGAAUCAAUGCAGGGAUUGAACAGUUCUAUUCUUUCCGAUCAGAAAACUCUACAUUUUUAGGACAAGAAGAUAUUCGUCAUAAAUGGAUAAUUGCUAUUUGUAAUAGUGAUGAUAUUGGUAGCCAAAUUUCUUUUGCUGAGAUUUCUAAAAAGAUUAAUGAUACCAAAUUAAAUUUCUGUCUUGGCUUAGCUUUUUUUAUUAAGUCAAUAUAAUUAGAUAUAAUGAUUUUUUUUUAUAAAUUCUGACCCAUCCCCACACUUUCAGCUUGAAUCCUUGAAGAACUACAGCAUCAGAGCAUAUUUCUUUCAGCUUAUUCACAAACUGAGAUAAGACGUGCAUUUCAAAGGAUUGACGCUAUAAUCUGCCCAUUCAAACUAUUUUGGUUAAUUAAUUCUAUUUCAUAAGUACAAUAAUAUUGAAAUUUAGCAUAUUUACAUAA